GCUCGCAAACUCAACGAAAAAAUUCGGAGUAGCAAAAGAAAAGUGUGACGCGUUCCUGCAAGAAUUGUACAAUUAAAUUAAAUUAAGUUGCGAGAUUGUUGCUUAUCAGCUAAAGAAUAUCUCUUGACGCAUUUUUUCCGGGUCGAAUAGCACGAUACUCAAUUUCCAUUAAAAAAUGGCUGAUAAUGAUGAUCUUUUGGAUUAUGAGGAUGAGGAGCAGACCGAGACCACUGCCGCCGAAGUCCCUGAAGCACCAAAGAAGGACGUGAAAGGCACAUACGUGUCAAUUCACAGUUCGGGCUUUCGUGAUUUUCUGCUGAAGCCGGAAAUUUUGCGUGCAAUAGUUGACUGCGGUUUCGAGCAUCCGUCUGAGGUGCAACAUGAGUGUAUACCACAGGCAGUGCUGGGAAUGGAUAUUCUCUGUCAAGCCAAGUCGGGUAUGGGUAAGACUGCUGUUUUUGUGCUUGCAACUUUACAACAGCUAGAACCGACGGAAAAUGUGGUAUACGUGUUGGUUAUGUGUCAUACUCGUGAAUUAGCAUUCCAAAUUAGCAAGGAGUACGAACGAUUCUCCAAGUAUAUGCCAGCUGUGAAGGUUGGCGUAUUCUUUGGCGGCUUAUCUAUUCAGAAAGAUGAAGAAUCGUUGAAGGGUACAACGCCACACAUUGUUGUUGGCACACCAGGUCGUAUCCUUGCCUUGAUACGCAACAAAAAACUUAAUCUAAAGCACUUGAAACACUUUAUUCUUGACGAAUGUGACAAAAUGUUGGAACAACUUGGUAAGCUUUAAACACUAAAACCCAAAUUCAUAAAAAAUAAAGAAGUCUUGUAACUGCUUUAUAAUUUAUAAACCCGGAAUUUGUAUGAAAA